AUGGCUCCGGUGGUGGUGGCGCAGCUGCUGCUUCUGCUGCUGCUGCUGCUGCCUCGGGCCGCCGCGCCCGCCGCGCCCGCGCCGCUCGCCCGCGACCCCUUCUCCUCGCAGCUCGGGGACACGCAGAGCUGCCGGCUGCGGUGCCAGGAUCGCCACCCCAGGCUGCAGCCCCCGCAGAGACAAAGUGAGAAUGAUAGCGUGUCAGAAACAUCGGUGAGAGAGAAACAUCGACCAGCUGCCUUCUGCGCACUUCCUGCUGGGGAUGUGCCCACAACCAAGGAGAAGCUGGAGCAUGAGGACCCCUCCAAGUCCCAGAGUGAAUAUGGCAGGGCCGUCUCCAUCAGUGCUUGUGAGAGAGGCUGCCGCCUCUUCUCCAUCUGCCGGUUUGUGUCCAGGAGCUCCAAACCCAACGCCACCCGAGCUGAGUGUGAAGCAGCCUGUGUGGAGGCCUACGUGAAGGAGAUGGAGCAGCAGGCCUGUAUCGAGGGCUGCUGGAGCCAAAACCCUGAGCUGGAGUCUGAGCCAGAGACCGUGCAGAAGAAAAAGGCCCUGGAAGCUCCGAGCAGGGUUCUUUCGCUCCUGGGCUUGUUUUCCACCCUCUGCAGUGACCUUAUCAGCUCAGCCCAGGGCUUCGUCUCCUCCACCUGGACGUACUACCUGCAGACUGACAAUGGGAAGGUGGUGGUGUUCCAGACCCAGCCCAUGGUAGAGAACCUAGUGCAUGAGGGGUCCCGUCUGCAGCGAUUGGAGGUGACCUGGAGAGGAUCCCGUCCCGAGGCCUUGGAGGUACACGUAGAUCCUUUAGGCCCCUUGGACAGGAUAAGGAAGACCAAGAUCCGAGUCAGGACCAGCAGCAAGGCCAAGAUGGAGUCUGAUGAGCUGCAGGGCAAAGACUUCCUCAGCUGCAUGUCCCGGCGCUCGGGGCUUCCUCGCUGGCUCCUGGCCUGUUGCCUCUUCCUCUCCGUGCUGGUGAUGCUGUGGCUCAGUUGCUCCCCCCUGGUGUCUGCUCCUGCCAAGCACUUCAAGUUCCAGCCCCUGCCCCUGGAGCAACACAGGGGCUACAUGGGAAGGCCAGACUGGCCUCCGUAUCCUGCCCGGUUGCGCGCCUAUGCGGACAGCCCCCCACCCUACAAGACCAAGCUGUAG